CUUACAAAUUCAACAUGUCGAAGAGAGGACGUGGUGGUUCCUCCGGAGGAAAAUUCCGUAUCUCCCUUGCCCUGCCAGUUGGGGCAGUUAUCAACUGCGCUGACAACACAGGUGCCAAGAACUUGUACAUUAUUGCUGUGCAUGGCAUCAAGGGACGAUUGAACCGACUACCAUCGGCGUGUCUCGGUGAUAUGGUCGUUGCAACGGUAAAGAAAGGCAAGCCAGAGUUAAGAAAAAAAGUAAUGCCAGCUGUGGUGGUACGACAAAGAAAGGCAAUACGGAGGAAGGAUGGAGUAUUCAUAUACUUUGAAGACAAUGCAGGAGUUAUAGUAAACGUCAAGGGUGAAAUGAAAGGUUCAGCCAUCACCGGACCCGUCGCCAAGGAAUGUGCUGAUUUGUGGCCCCGUAUUGCCUCGAACGCCAGCUCCAUUGCUUAACUGUAAAUUUAACUUGUAAAAUAAAAAAAUUUAAAAUCA